AUGUUGUGCAGACAGACUGUUGCAGCAAGAAAUUUGAGAGCUUUGGCCUCGGGCUUUAGGCCGAUGGCCAUGACACAGCGUAUGAUGUCGCAGAGCACAGCAAACAAGGCGACUUUGAAGAUGGAGGCCGCGCGGCCUCAGACGGCAACGGCAAAGCCUGCCGCUGUUCGCGCCCCUGCUAGUGAGGCGCACCUACAGACUCUUUCUACCAAAGAAUUGAUUUCCCUAGGUGUAAUCGGAUUCGCUACCAUCAAUAAGCCCAUGCUGGAUUUGGUGCUGAAGAUGUUCCCGCUCGUGCCUGUGUGGCUUAUGAAGCUACUUGUGUCGUCCCUUUACUGUGGGGGUGACAACUUCCAGGAGGUCCGCGAGACCGGCAAGAGACUACAAGAGCGUGGAAUCAACAACAUGAUGUUGUCGCUAACCAUCGAAGAUGCCGAGGGCACCAAGAACAUCAACAUCGGCAGCAUUGUAUCAGAAACUAUUGCUUCCAUCCAUCAGAUCCUGAAGCCAAACUUGCAAGAGCAGCUCGACACGGUUGAAGAUGUUAACAGCAUUCCUCCUGGAUACAUUGCUUUGAAACCUUCCGCGCUCGUUUCAAACCCAUACGAGACCCUAUUGCACUUUAACGACCCCGAAUGGAAGGCUCAGCGUGAGGCUUUGGUCAACAACUGUGUCGCCAUUACUGAGGAGAUUUUUAAACUCAACCAAGAGUUCGCUAAGAAAUAUCCAGAGAGAAAAAUCCCGUUCUUCGUUUCCGUGAUAGAUGCCGAAAAGUACUCUUUGCAAAAGGCAGGUGUUUACGAGUUGCAACGCAUUUUAUUCCAGAAAUUCAACCCAAGAGACUCCAGUCAAGUCUCUUGCGUGGGAACGUGGCAACUUUACCUUACUGACUCUGCCUCUGACUUGGCCAAAGAGUACGAGCGUGCUGAAAGGGAAGGAUACAAGCUGGGCUUGAAAAUUGUGCGCGGGGCGUACAUUCACUCUGAGCCCAACCGUUCAACUGUUAUCCACCCAGACCAAGCUAGCACGGACGCGAACUUCAACACCGUCAUGAAGAACGUCAUCACUGACUUGCUUGAGAAAGGCGACCAAUCCACAUACGGUCACUUGGUUGUUGCAUCUCACAAUUACGAAUCGAACGCCCUCGCCACUAAACUUCUCGAAGGCCAUGAUGGUAAUAUUGGGAAGGCAAAUGUGGUACUCGGCCAAUUGCUUGGCAUGGCUGACAAUGUGACCCACGAUCUGAUUAACAAUCAAAAGGCCAAGAACGUUAUUAAGUAUGUUCCCUGGGGUCCACCAGUUGAGACCAAGGAUUAUUUGUUCAGAAGAAUGCAGGAGAACGGGGACGCUGUCAGAGCGGACAAUGGCUUUCCAUUGGUAAAGUCUGUUACUAAGGUUCUCCUUCGCUCGCUAUUCGGAAAGCCUCAGACUACAUAA